UAAAACACUAGCUUCGUAUAUCUUAUGCUUUUGUCAUGAAGUUUGAAUUUUAUUUGGAAAUAUCGUAAAACGUUUAUUGAUUAUGACUCAUAAAUAUGUCGGCUAUAAGUAUUAUGAAUGAAACUAAGAUGGCGACCUCAAUAUCAGUUUAUCAAUUUAUUCGAAGUAAUUCUAAUGUUUCGUCCGAUUUCAACCAAUAUAAAAAGAUCUGAAUUUUCUCCUACAUUUUACUUUCUAUGUGCUCUUCGUAGUCAAAGGGAUUUAUUGUGAUAGUGGUGUGAUACUCGUGUAGUUCCGUAAAAACUUAAAACAAAAAGGAGUGUAGUGUUAGAUUUCGUAAAUUUCAACUAAAAUGAUCGAAGAACAUAAUGAGCAUGAAACGAUAUACGAUUCUGUGAAUUCACUUGUGGAAGGUUGUCGUUUACCAGUCAAAAUGCAUGGAACGGACGAUUGGCGUGACCCUAGCUGAAAUUAUCAGUGUUAAGGAUAUACAUGGUAUCAGGUGUUAUUACGUGCAUUAUGUUGAUUUUAAUAAACGAUUAGAUGAGUGGGUGACUGAAGAUUGUUUGGACACUAGAAAAGUUCAAUAUCCUCAACGAGAUGGCACAGCUCCUGGAACAGGAGCAGGUACUCCAAAAAAACAAGUGCAAAGCAGACCUUCUAGUCCUAGUAGUGUUAGUAACAAACCAUUGAAUGGUACUGCUGUAUUACAAGCAGCAUUACAAAAGAAAAUGUCAAAGAAGAGAAAGUCAACGUUUUUAGAGAAUGAGGAUUCUCAAGACGGCCCGCCUCAAACUACAGGUCCGAGACCUACUGGUUCGUUGGUUGCUCAUCAUCACGAUGAUGUUGUCACACGGAUGAAAAAUGUAGAACUGAUAGAAUUAGGUCGUCAUAGGAUAAAGCCUUGGUAUUUCAGUCCAUAUCCACAAGAGAUGGUGAAUCUUCCGUGUAUAUAUAUCUGUGAAUUCUGCUUGAAAUAUAGAAAAAGUAGAAAGUGUUUGGAGAGACAUCUGGCAAAGUGCAAUUUACGUCAUCCACCGGGAAAUGAAAUAUAUCGAAAAGGGUCUAUUUCGUUUUUUGAAAUCGAUGGUAGAAAGAACAAAAACUAUGCGCAGAACUUAUGUUUAUUAGCAAAGUUAUUUCUCGAUCAUAAGACAUUGUAUUACGACACUGACCCUUUUUUAUUUUACGUUAUGACUGACUUUGAUAGCAGAGGUUUUCAUAUAGUUGGAUAUUUUUCUAAAGAGAAGGAAUCGCCGGAGGAUCAUAACGUUGCAUGUAUUCUCACGCUGCCACCGUACCAAAGAAAAGGAUAUGGAAAAUUAUUAAUAGAAUUUUCCUACGAACUCUCGAAAUUCGAGGGUAAAACUGGAUCUCCAGAAAAGCCAUUAUCCGAUUUGGGCUUGUUAUCGUAUCGAAGUUAUUGGACGCAUACGAUACUCGAUAUAUUAUUGAACAUUAAACCUGUAGUCGAAAAUGAGAAACCGCAAAUAACGAUAAGUGAAAUCUGUGAUUUAACGUCUAUCAAAAAGGAAGACGUAAUAUCGACGUUACAAAACUUGAAUCUAAUUAACUACUACAAAGGACAAUAUAUCAUAACGUUAAAUAGGGAAAUAAUUGAGCAACACUCGGCGGCAAUGAAAAAGCGCCAAGUUAGGAUAGAUCCAAAGUGUCUGUAUUGGACCGAAGGAUUGGAGUGUUAAGGCUAAAUAAUAAAGUGAUAUUAAAAAGUGGCUAGAAGCCGACGUUAAUUUGUUAUGAAAUUAUUUUCAGGAAUUCUGGAAGUGUUAUGAUUUCAAACUGUACAAAAUUGUACAUAAUAACGUGAUCUUAUGGUUUGGCAUAAAAAAAAAAAAAAAAAAAAAAAAAAAAGAAACUGCUCAUAAUCCGUGAGGUGAAUCAUAAUGGUUUAACAAUUCAUUGAAUCAAGCAAAUUAUACUAAUGGGUAUUAAACAUGAACAAUUGUGAUAAGUGAGUUUUGUAUGAAACAAUAUUCACGCCGUAAUAAAAAUUAGUUGGUAGCAAUUUUUUCAUACGACGGGUAGAAUUUAAAAAAGAAAAAAAAAAUCCAUCCAAGUCUUUGCGGUUAUUUGUUUGUACAAAGAUUCGGAUGAUACUUGGAUUUUGUAGAAUUGUAAAUAAAACAAAAAAAAAAAAAAUGUUUCAUGUAACAUUUGCACUUUUUUAAGAGUACGACUCGCACGAUGGCAAAUUCGAAUAAGUCGAACGCAACGAUGAAAACCGAUUAAAAAAAAAAAAAAAAAAAAAAAAAAAAAAAAAAAAAAAAAAAAAAAAAAAAAAAAAAAAAACUAUUCAAAAUGAAUUCUCUUGUAAAAAUUGUUUCAACUUAAUCAGUGGAACAGCUGGUAUAUGUAUGUAUAUAUAUUUUUUUUUUUAUAUUCAACAGUAACAUCACAGUAGCUUCAUAUACAUUACGUUCUCGUUUAUGAUUUCAUUCGCGCAUACAAUUUUUACCACGCAAGCGUGACACGGCGAGUUGGAAGAGUUGUUUUAAUUAAUUUCUUUUUUUUUCUCUUCUUUCUUUUCUUCUUUUA